UAUCAAAGAUGCCUCAUUCCUGGCCUUCCAGAAGAUACGGAACACACAAUAUAUAAUGUAACAAACUUUAUUUUCGUUCCUGUAGUUAUGCUCUUGGCUUUUCUUUCACUCACAAGUAACUCCCUUAUAAUGGCGGCUCUGAUACGAGUAAAAUCUCUUCGGCAUCCUUCACUAUUGCUACUGGGCAGUCUUUCAAUAACCGACAUAUUGUUUGCAGUGUAUGCCUUGGUUGACGGUUUUGCAAGAUACACGUACGAAGAUUUUUGCCCCGAGAAAAUGGACGAUUUGGAACGUGGAUUUGUCGUUUUGUGUAACAUUUCAACCAUGGGUAACCUAGCGUUUAUCAGUAAAGACCGGCAUUUAGCAGUUAGCAAGCCUUGGUGGUACCGUACUCACUUGAAGCGAUCACGCGUUCUUAAACAAUCGUCAGCGAUCUGGUUUUAUAGUUUCUUUAUGUCAGGAAUGAUUUUUGCCUCAUCGUAUUUUACAUUCAUUCAUUUUCCAGUCCUAUCAAUAAUUAGCCUGUCCUACAUAAUAUCUAUAGUCAUUAUGAUUGCCUCUUAUGUUGGAAUAUUCAUCGCAAACAAAAGCCACAGACACACCAUGCAGCAGCACAGGGGCCAGCUGUCUGCCGUCUUAGAGCAAGAGAAGAAAUUGGCCAACACUGUAGGUUUGAUCGUAAUCACACUCUUUUUUACUGUCUUACCAGGACUUAUUCUACCUGUGAUUCUAAAACUUCUUGGUUUCUCGCCCACUGAAAAUAUCCCUUUUGGUCCUUUUCUUACCUUUUUGCUGACUCUAAAUGGAUUUUUGAAUCCGUUGUUAAACUAUGGCAGAAAUGAAGGUGUACGCAGAGCAGUGCGAGGCUUAGUCGGAUGCUCCUGCAUUGUAACUCAUAGAGUUCAACCUUCCACCAAUAAUGGCCGCAAUCAAGGAAGUGGGACAGUUAAUCCUACUUCCAAUAUUGCGCAGAAUGCUACUAAUAUGCAAGUGUUAGUUGGGCAGCCUUCGUCCCAAACUCAGGAUUAG